UUGGGAAAAAAGGGGAUCGAGACCAGGGGAAAAAAAUAGAGUCUGGGUGGGCGGCGGCGGCGGUGAAGCUCUCCGAUUUGCGGCGGCGCGGGCAUGGCUAUGGAUUUCCCCGUCUCGCCAGUUGACAAGCUGCCAAUCUUCACCAACGAGGCGGCAAGCGCUGCGGCGCUAAUGGAGUUGAUUGGUCCCUGGGGGCGCGGAGACGAUGUAUCGGCCAAUGGAUCCAGGGGGGCUGUGGGCGGUGGAUUUGGUCAAGGGUCAUAUGGGCAGAUGUUGAAUGGUGCGGCGUGCAGCGAGGAGAGAACUGUAGCUGGUGGUGGCGCCGCCAUGUCCGGGUUCAGCGAGAGCGAGGGUGACAAUGGAGAAGCUCUUGAUGAGGCGGAGGGGGAAGCACACUUUGAUGGAGACCAAGAGGAUGUGAUUCAGGAUCAAACUGAUAGUGCUGAUGGAUGUUCUGCUCAAUCUACAGGCAAGGUGGAUCCGCAAGCACCUGGCUGGACAAAAAGAGUAAGAGUCGGCAAUCAACCGCCAGACAGGGCUCCAUGCCCGGAAAGGGUAGGCGCUGAUGCAGUUUCCUCAUAGUCCACGGGGAAGAUGGAUCCGCAAGCGCGAGGGUGGACUAAAAGGGUUAGAGAUGGGUAAGCAUCCACCGUACAGGACGGGGAGGAUCGGUGCACUGGAGCAAACAAUCGCGGGGGAAUGUGGAUAACUUGGGAGAGCAUGUUUGGGAGCGGAUCAUACACAGCGGUGAGUGUGCUGCCGCAGCCUGCUAUGCUAGAUGCAGGGGUGAACAUCCCAUGCAGACCAGCAUCUGGUUCACAGGUAGGAGGGCGGCCAGUGUGGCGGCAGAAAUCUGCGGCAGCCCUACGGUAAGUGAGAGUGAAGCCGACAAUGGAUACGUCGCCUCUGCCACUGGAGUUGGAGACGUGGUGGACGGCGACCAGCUAGAAGUGAUUCACGAGCGCGGCGAGAGUGAAGAUGCAGCAUCAGCACAAUCAACGGGAAAGAUUGAUCCGCGGGCACUUGGGUGGACGAGAGGUAUCAGUAAUCUAUAUCUGAUAGGCUGUAAAUACUCUAAAUGUGGAGGUUGUUGAUUAUGCCUGAAUGAGUGAAUAAUAGUGAAUGGUUGUGGUCGAAGCUGACAUAGUGGAA